GCGGAAAUCCGAGCACAAAGCCGCCGACUUCCACGAACCAACAGUGCUACACUUCCCCGGACGUGUACAGGCUCGCAGAGCGAUCGACGCACACAGCACACGGUGAUUUUGGGUCCAGUCAUUACUCAAUUGUCACGCCUCACGAGACCUUUGGAGACACAACCGGGCGGACUUACCUACGUUCCGCAUCCAUGCCUGAGCCUUCCUCUACAUAGCCCAACCGGCCAUUCUUGACCCCGUCCCUUUCGCCCCUCGCAUUCGUCUUUCCUCGAAGCGCCCGCGAUGCCUUCGAUAUUGUCCGACGAGGACAAACAAACGGUCAAGCGAACUGUGCCGAAGCCGUCCAACAAGAUUCAUGCCGUAGCUGUAGCGAAGCUGUACAUUGCCUACCCAAAUCCGUCGAAAUGGACUUACACGGGCUUACAAGGCGCCGCUGUGCUGGCAAACGAUCUAGUCGGAAACACAUACUGGAUAAAACUUGUCGACAUAUCGCCUGCAAAUCGAGGUGUGAUAUGGGACCAAGAGAUUUAUGACACAUUUUCGUACAACCAAGACCGCGUUUUCUUCCAUACGUUUGAGCUCGAGGACUGCAUGGCCGGCCUCUCUUUUGCAGACGAGAAGGAGGCCAAAACAUUCAUGAAGAAGGUCAAUGAGAGAGAAAAGAAUGCACACAAGAACACGAGGAACAAGCCAUUUGGCGCAGCUGGUGCCAACGGACAUACUGCAGUCGGCGAGAAGUCUCAUCACAGCUUCCUUGGUGGCCUAUUUGGGCAUCAUAGGCACGAAGCGCCGCCUCCAUCGUCACCUCCCCCUGUGCAAUCGGUAGCUUCACACACGACGGCUUCGAGCAGAGACUCGCUUAUCCAGAGCAUAGACCCGGCGCUACGUAAAGAGCUUAAAGCUAUGGGCAUUGGAGACGACCAGCUGGCAGACAAUGCGGAGUUUAUACAAGCUUGGUUAUCAGCACAGAAAAAGGAAGAGGCGACCCGAAGCCGCGCACCUCCUCCGCCACCGCCUGCUGCGCCGCCAUCACGAGCAGCAGACAUGAACUCGCACGAUACGGGAAGUACAGCAGCUUCACGGCGAGGAGCCCCGCCGGCUCCUCCACCGCCGAGACGAGGUGGAACGCAAAACACAGGCACAAGGCAAGAGACACCGUCCCCGCCUCCACCUCCUCAACCACGGUUCAAGGUCCCACCACCUAUUGCAGAUGCUGGGAAGCUUGCUGCAGAUGUGUCAUCCAACAGGCCACGGGCGAAUUCGAAUCUAGCAAAUCCAGGCCCUCCACCGCCACCGAGGCCCCCGAAGACACCGAUCGAGGACCACGAUUCACCUCCGUCUCGACCUGUUCCACCACCCCUCCCUCCGCAGAACCAAGUGCCAUCUCUGCCACCGGCACCACCCUCACGAGGUCCGGUGCCUCCCCCACCUCCACGCGAAGUACCCCCGCCAGUGCGCGAGAUUCCUCCACCGCCACCUAUACCCGGAUUGGCAAGAAAAGAUGUCAAUGGUGCCUCAAAGCCAUCAGCGGCACCACCUCUCCCGCAUUCAAGUGCAAGACCUGUUCCUCCCGCUCCAGUGGCGCCAACAAACAAUGCUCCUCCUCCUCCACCUCUCCCAAGCUCCCACGUUCCCCCUCCGCCUCCUUUGCCGAAUUCAAAUGCUCCUCCGCCACCACCCUUGCCGAAUUCAAAUGCUCCUCCGCCACCACCCUUGCCAAGCUCAAAUGCACCUCCACCGCCUCCCCUUCCAAGCUCAGGUGCUCCACCUCCACCGCCAUUACCUCCUGGUCACGACACGUCCGGUGGUCCACCUCCACCUCCUGUGCCUACGAUGCCGAAAGCACCAGGUCGAGACGGGCUGUUGGCGGACAUCAGGGGUGGUACGAAGCUCAGGAAGGUGGCCGAUAGCGAGAAACGGGAUAGAAGUGCGGCUCUUGUGCCUGGCGCUGAACCUUCUAGUCCAGGGCCGGCUGCAAGCGGGGGGACGAGUGGAGGCGCUGCAGAUGGUGGAUUGGCUGGCGCUUUGGCAUCUGCUCUUGCGGCCCGGAAGGCGAAGGUCAGCCAUAGUGAUGACGAAAAGGACGACGAUGAUUGGUGAUUGGUGUGCUGGUCACGAAGCCUUGAUUGUCAAUAUUCAGUGCUUUGAUUGUGUUGAUGUGGAUUGCGCGAAAGGUUUAUCACUGAAGCUCCGAAACAGAGAGACAAGAAUAACGGUGAACUAAUCUUGGUCUUGGUGGUGGUUCUAGCGCAGAAUGGAAGAGCUGCAGCGGGUGGUUGAGCCGUUUUGACGUGUUGCUGCUGCUAUUGAUGAGUAAGUGGUGUUAGUAUCUUCGAGAAACUGAUCGUGCGCACCCGGCCGAAAUGGCUCAGAGAAGCCGGAAAUAAAAUCGCGAGAUACUAUGACAACGUUCAUCUGUCGCCUUCUUUUUUGAAGUCCAACAUCUCCAGCUUGUCCCAUGCCUGCGUAGAUUUCACGGCAUUCGUCCAGCCCCAAGCACAUAGCGGACACAAGGCUGGACAUGACUCCCGUGGAAGCAUCUUGGUUCGUGAACACUAUGGCGUUGGGAGGCCGCGUGAAAGGUUUCGAAGUCGUUGUCCGCUUUGCAGCGACUGCAACAGACAGGUGCUCGUGAGAGCUUCACGACUGGUCUAGAUCCCACAAAUCGAUGAACCAAGCCGUG